AUGUCUCCAUACUCCAAUAAAAAAUUUAUGGAUCCAUAUAGCGAGACAACUCUCGACGACUUGUUAACAAGAUCGCAGAAUCUCGAAAGAAGGACUCCAUUUUUAGUACACCAGUCACUAGAAUUGAUUAGCACUGAAACAAGGGCGACAAUGAGCUCAAUUGAAGAUACAGAGCAAGCAAAAACAAGAGGAAAGCUUUUACUUGCUCAGGAGAAAGCAGAUAUCUCUCGAACACAUGAAAUUCUUAAAGGAAUCAAUCAUAAAAACAUUGUUCCAAGAACAGUUACAUCAAUCAACGACAAAACGGAACAAACAAUGCAAAAUAACAUUGUAUCAUCUAUCACGGAAAUCCAAACGAAAACAUCAGAGAUUUGCGAAGAAUUUAUUUUCAAAAACAUCACAAAUCGAUGGAAUUCAGAUACAAAAUCACAUCAUUUCGCAUACAGUCAAAUCAGAGACGAGAAAACAGGCUUUUAUAUUCCAUAUAGAAUUCAUCGAAAUUCAGAUUAUUCACGAUUCAUCAAUAAAAGCUUUUUACCAGAAGAAUUUGCAUCAAAGAUUGUUAAAUCCGCAUAUACACAUUACAAUCUUCUUGAACCAGAUUAUUUAAACAUUCCAUUGAUCGAUACAUUUGAAUUAAUUUCAUUUCUUCAAGAAUCACAUUCACAACUUGAACAAGGUGUCAUCAAAUUCCUUGAGACACAAAAGAAGCGUGUUAUUACACAAGAAGUUAAUCGAUUUUUACCAGUUGCAAAUCGGGGUGGUGAAUUCGAUUUUCUUCCAACAGUUGUUUCAUACAUCAACAUGCACCAUUCACAUUUAGGCGAAUCUGGUCUUCCAUGGGCCAUCAUUUACUAUUUACUUCGAUGUGGUGAUAUUUCACGUGCAGCCGAAUACUCAACAGAUAAUUCACGUGAAUUCAGUAUUUAUGUUGUCAACUUUCUUCGAAGUAUGAAUAAUGGAAUUUCAUUUGAAGACAAUGAUCGUGUUGAAAACUAUCUUUCAUCCGAACUUUCUAACAUCGAUGCUAAUCCAUUCAAGAUUGUCUCUCUUUCAGUUAUGCUUCAUCGCAAUCCAGGUCAUCGUGACAUCAUCCGAGAAUUCAAGAACAAUGAUUCGGAAUCUAACUCAUCUGAAGUUAUCCGAUCAUUGGAAGACUGGGUUUGGCUUCGCUUACAUAUGAAAGACUCCAGUAUCAACGACUUGAAAAGUGAAUUAGAAGAUAAUGAAACGGAAUCAACAGUUAUCCAGAAUCCAUUCCUUUCUGGCCAAAAACUUAUCAUGUCCGGCGAAUUUGAGAAAGCAUGUCAAUGGUUUUUGUCACAAGAAGACAACAUCGACGAGAACAUCCACAUUGCACUUGCAUUACACUUAUCAGGAUUCGUUCCUUCUAAAUCUAUCUCACAAUCAUUGAUCACAUAUGCAACAGAAGUCGAAGACCUUUCCAAAGCAGUCGGAUAUCUUUCAUUUCUGCAAGAUUUCGAUGAUAAAGUUAAAUCUCUUUCCAUCUUCAUUGUCGAAGACGAACGUGGUCUUGAAAUCCUUUCACAAGGAACAGAAUCACAUGAUAACUCCAUCAUCUCCGAGUGGCUUACUCCACCCGAGAUCUAUUCCGUUCUCAAUCUAGCAGGUGAAGAAGCAGAAAUGCGAGAUGAACAUUGUAAAGCAUAUAAGAUCUUCAAGAUGAUCUCACGAUGGGACAAAGUUAUUUCUAAUGCAAACAUCGAACUUCGACAGUGCGUUGAAGGCUUUGUUGAUGAUAUUUCACUUGACGAAACAAAUCUUUUGUUCUUAGAAAUCAUCCAGAAAGACGACAAGACCGAUUUAACAGAUUUCGAAAGUUUCAAGACAAUGUAUUAUUUAGCUAUUUCUAGUAUUGAACUUCGUCAUUGUCAUUAUUCAGAGGCAUGCAGUGCUAUUGACAAAUCGGGUCUUUUCCCAUCUACAUUGGAACAAGUUGAUUCAUUUAAUGAAUCCAUCCGAAACAGACCAGAGAUUGUUCGUCGUGUUUUCCCAACAGCACUUGAGAACGCUAUGCAUGCAUACUCAGAGAACUUCCGAUCUAAAUCUAUCACAGGAUCAUCAUCAGAUUCAGACAACAUGAAGAUUCUUAAGAAGAAGAGCUCUGCAUUAUUUGAACUCGCUACUGUUUCUAAUCUUAACAUUAGUCGCGAGACCAUGAGAAGAAUUCUCGACUAUACUAUUAUCUUUCAAUAG